AUGCCUUCUCGUUCGCAUUCAUCUAGUUCCACUUCAAAAGAUUCAAAUCGUGAUUCAAGUCGUAAAUCAAAAAGUCGUCAUCGUCGUAAUGUUCGUUUAGAAGAGCAAAACAAUAAUUAUCGACAUCAUUAUCUUCCAUUUACUAUUCCAUCAUCAUUUUACAAUAUUGUACAUGUCCAUCGAUUUACUACUAUUGAUACUAUUUCUACAUUAAUUAAUCAUUUUGAAUCAUGUUAUAGAUAUUCAAUCGAUACGGAAUCAGAUCGAUUUACAUAUGAAUUAUCUCUUAUUCAAGUUCAUUCCAUUCCUCAAAAAUUACCAUCAUUUAUCGUAUUAUUUGAACUUAAUCAUUUUCUUCCAUCAGAUACAUUAUUAUUUGAAAAAAUUAAAUUGUUAUUUCGUCUUUUAUUUCGUUUAGGAAAUAUUAUUUUUUCUUGGGGAUCGAUGUCCGACGAAUUAAUGCCUGCUGUUCGAAUGAAUUUAUUUACAUGGCCAGUACCUGCAUUAUUGUUCAAUUUGCAAGAUGAAUUUUAUAGUUGGUAUAGAGGGGCACUGCCUCCUUGUGAGGCAUGUGGCUCGAUUCAAUUAUCGACUAUGGAUACGUCUUCGAAAUCUUCACGUAUUUGUUCGAAGCAUUCUCCUUAUGUUAACCCGACAGAUAAAUGGUCAUUACAGAAUGCUGUUUUUUUAUACUGUUAA